UCUGCUGGACCUUUGCUUAAGUCCUCUUGCGUUUCUCUUCCAGGGAGCCAUGGCCUGGCGUGGCAGGCGUGUGGUCCUCAACUCCAGGCGGUGAGCUCUGUGACAGGAGCGCGGCUCUCUGCGUACCGUUUCCAGGGAGCAAAUAAACAGCCUCCCACUGUGCGUGUGGUAAAGGAGUUUUCCUGGCAGAAGAGAACUGGGCUGCUGGUUGGCUUGGAAGAAGCAGAGGGAAGCGUUCUCUGUCUGUACGACCUUGGAAUAUCAAGAGUGGUUAAAGGCGUGGCUCUUCCAGGAAGGGUAACUGCUGUAGAGCUCAUAACUAAUCACGGAGGCAUCACCAGUGCGAGCGCUCGGCACCUACAUCCGAGCCUGCAAUGGCUCUUUGGCGUGGCAGCAGUGGCUACAGAUGUUGGCCACCUACUUCUGGUUGACCUUUGCUUGGAUAAUUUAUCUUGCAGUCAGAAUGAAAGAGAAGCAUCGGAUCUGGAAGUUGCCAGUGGAAUUCCUGUGGGAGUUCCAAAGAGAAGAAAAACUGUGGCCAGAGAAGGGAGACAUCUCUGUUUUCAAUUACAAAAUCCUUCGGGAACAGCAGUAUCAACCCUGAGCUACAUAAGCAGAAGCAAUCAUCUCGUCGUGGGUUUUUCCGAUGGCUACCUGUCACUGUGGAACAUGAAAACGUUGAAGAGGGAGGACCACUCUCAGCUUGCAGGAGGAAGGAUUCCUGUCUAUGCUGUCACUUUUCAAGAGCCUGAAAAGGAUCCUCGCAACUGUUGCUACUUGUGGGCUGUUCAGUCUACCCAAGAAAGUGAAGGUGACGCUGUGAGUUUACAUCUGUUGCAGUUACUAUUUCAUGAGAGAAAACGCCUGGCAUCAGGACAGGUCAUGUACGAGGGUUUGGAAUACUGUGACGAAAGGUUCAGUUUAGAUCUCACGUGUGGAGUCUUUCCCUGGAGAGGGCCGACCGGCAAUACCAAAUUUCUGAGCUGCCAGACUGUAGAAAAAUUUCCCAAGCCGGUUGACGGAGAGGAUAGCGUUAAUGAAGUAAUAUCUCCUGAGACCAGUGUAUCAGUCUUCAGCUGGCAAGUGAAUACGUAUGGUGAGGGAAAGCCAUCUACUUACUUGGGUGUAUUUGACAUUAACCGCUGGUAUCACGCUCAAAUGCCAGAUUCACUGAGGCCGGAAGAACUCCUUCACGACUGCCCCUAUUUUGCGCUGUGGUCACUGGAUACUGGACUAAGUAUGACUUCUCCAAGCCUCAUUUUGGAUAUUCGAGUACGUGAGCAGAGUCUCUGUCGCGGAGUGCCUCCUUCCUAUCCACCACCUGAUCAGUUUUUUAAUCCAAGCUCCUAUAAUUUUGAUGGUACGUGCUUGCUGAACUCCGGAGUUGUCCAUAUGACUUGCACCAGCUUCCAGAAGGAGAAUGAUCGCCAUCCUCGCUUCAGAGAGGGGGCAUGUGCCAGAAAGUCUGAAUUACGCCCAUAUCGGAAGAUCCUUCCUAGAGUUCAAAGGCAGCUGGCUGCAGAGAGAGCCAGGCCUUACCAUUUGCCUUCGUCGGCCUUAAGAGGAGUUGCGAGACCAAAGCCAGUAUCAAGAUCAACAAAACCAGCCAAUCCAGGAUAUUGGGUAUCAUAG